UCAAAAUAGCCUCUUUUCCUGAGUGACAUCAAAUACUAAUGUGGAGCCGAAUUGCCUUGAAACGGAACUUGAACGCAUCGUUUGCUCAGGUGGAGAGACGGUUGUUCCCAGAGAGCCGGUUUAGUUUUUGAGUUGCACUCGACGUUGUUUCGUCUUAACUUUGUAGUCUGGAAAGAAGAGUGGCACCUCUUAUGCGUCCAUCUGCAGCGUCUGCAGGACGAUGAGUACAGAGUGCAGGAUGAGGGCCACGGUGAACCAGAAGCUCACGGAGAUGGGGGAGCGAGAGAGGCUGAAGGAGUUGCUGAGGGCCAAGCUCACCGAGUGUGGCUGGGAGGACCAGAUCAAGGCUCACUGCAAAGAAGUUAUCAAAGACAAAGGCUUGGAGCACGUGACUGUGGAGGACCUGGUGGCCGAGAUCACCCCGAUAGGAAGAGCGUUGGUGCCGGACAGCGUGAAGAAGGAACUUUUCCACAGAAUAAAAGCCUUCUUAGCUCAGCACGCCACGUAAUUAUGUGUAUUAUGUUUGAUUCAUUUAUUUUGUUUGAAUUUUCAGAGACGUACUGACAAAAACUUGGAUUUUUCGUUCUGUUUUUAUUUAUUUAUUACUAUUUUUACUUAUCACAUAUUUGUUCAUGCACAUUCAGUUGCCCUUCAUUAGAGGUGUACUGUAUGAAUAAAGUUAAAGAUUAGUUGAACAACACAUUUUUUAUUAAUACAUUCUCCUAAUUACAACAUUUGUUGCCGUUCUUUGGCCAUUUUAUUACAUUUUUAAGGUGAUGAAUGGUUGCUGAAUGUAUUUUUCAUUUUUCUUAAAAAUAUGAACACAAAUGUCCCUCCUUGAAAGUAUUUGACAGUGAAGAUUGAAGUUAUAUAUUUAUGAAAAAGACCGUAUUCAAUGUAUUCACAAUACAUAAAGUCUUAAGUGUGUCUGUAAACCCUUCAGCUUAAAAUUACCCAUAAUAAUAAACAAUCAAAAGUGUAAAAAUGACAUUGUUUUUGUUCCCUUUGAAAUUCUGUCUCGCUCCACUGUACUCAGUCAUGCAUAGAAGAAAUAAAGUUCUUCCUUUUCUCUGCACAACAGCA